CGGCAGCGGGGCCACUCGUCCCGGGGCGGCGGUACCGGCACCACCAGCGGCGGCACCAUGACGGACCGCUCCGCCUUCGACACCGACGUGAUCACCAUGACCCGCUUCGUGAUGGAGGAAGGGCGGCGCGCCAAGGGCACCGGCGAGUUCACGCAGCUCCUCAACUCGCUGUGCACCGCCGUCAAGGCCAUCUCCAGCGCCGUGCGCAAGGCCGGCAUCGCCAACCUCUAUGGAAUUGCUGGUUCUACCAAUGUGACAGGAGACCAAGUAAAGAAGCUGGACAUCCUCUCCAAUGAUCUGGUGAUUAAUAUGCUCAAGUCAUCCUUCAGCACGUGUGUUAUCGUGUCAGAAGAAAACAAAGAUGCCCUUAUAGUAGAAGCCGAAAAAAGGGGUAAAUACAUAGUCUGCAUAGACCCUCUAGAUGGCUCAUCUAACAUUGACUGCCUUGUUUCCAUUGGGACCAUCUUUGGCAUCUACAGAAAGGUAUCCCCUGAUGAGCCUUCUGGAAAAGAUGCUUUACAACCUGGGCGUAAUCUUGUGGCAGCUGGUUAUGCUCUCUAUGGGAGUGCCACGAUGCUGGUACUGGCUACUACUGCUGGAGGUGUCAACUGUUUUAUGCUUGAUCCGGCAAUUGGAGAAUUCAUUUUAGUUGAUAGAGAUGUGAAAAUCAAAAAGAAGGGAAAUAUCUACAGUCUCAAUGAGGGCUAUGCUAAAUAUUUUGAUCCUGCAGUCACAGACUACCUCAAAAAGAAGAAGUUCCCUGAGGACGGCAGUUCGCCAUAUGGUGGCAGGUAUGUAGGAUCGAUGGUGGCUGAUGUGCAUCGCACACUGGUGUAUGGAGGAAUCUUUCUAUACCCUGCUAACGCCAAAAGUCCCAAAGGAAAGCUGAGACUGCUCUACGAAUGCAAUCCUAUGGCUUUUGUUAUUGAGAAGGCUGGGGGGAUAGCAACAACAGGACAUCAAGCAGUAUUGGAUAUUGUGCCUGAGGAUAUCCACCAAAGAGUGCCUGUUGUCUUGGGGUCUCCUGAUGAUGUGAAGGAGUACCUUGAGAUUGUCAAAAAGCAUUCCGCUAAGUAAAGCUGCGGGGCCAUACAGAUAGGAAGAAAUGCCUUACAGCUGAACCAAAGAAUACACUGUGCAAUACUGCAAGACUGAACUGUCAGACCUCUAUAGCAGGAAAGCAAGUGAGCCAUAUUUUCAUAACAUUUUUUUAAAGGGAAAUCUUGUGCAAUUUCAUUGUGCAAUGAAAGGCAUUAAAAGAUUGCAUUAAAGGAGGCAUUAAAAGUGAAA